AUGGAGAAAGAAACGAUAGAAGUGGGCAUAAUUGGCUUGGGGGACAUGGGUCGGCUGUACGGGUUGUCUUUUCUUGCGGCGGGUUGGAAGCGUGUCAACGUCUGCGACAUACCUUCUCGCUAUGAACAACUGAGAGAAGAGCUAGCUGGCACCGGAUUGAAUGUCCUUCCCGACGGUUAUUCUGUAUCUCGAAGGAGCGACUUUAUUGUUUACAGUGUGGAGGCAGCAAAUAUCGAUAGAGUGGUGGGAAUGUACGGUCCUGGAACUAAACUUGGUGCAACUGUGUGCGGGCAGACGUCUGUUAAAGAGCCAGAGAUUAGGGCUUUUGAGAAAUACCUUCCACCAGACGUCAAUAUAGUAACCUGUCAUUCAAUGCAUGGGCCAAGAGUUAAUCCCAAAAAUCAACCUUUGGUGGUGAUACGACACAGAAGUGACCAAGAAUCUUUCGACCGAGCUGUCCGAAUAUUAAAUUCCUUACAAUCGGAUAUUGUAUACCUGAAUUAUCUGGACCAUGAUCGUAUAACUGCAGAUACUCAAGUGGCCACACACCUUGCUUUCUUGAGCAUGGGUACGGCUUGGAAGGUUCACAAGGUCUAUCCAUGGGAAAACCCGUCUUAUGUCGGUGGUAUUGAGAACGUAAAGACGCUGAUGACUCUGCGAAUAUACAGCAACAAAUGGCAUGUAUACGCUGGACUGGCUAUACUAAAUCCAAGCGCGAGACCUCAAGUUCGACAAUAUGCCAACUCAGUAUCUGAAUUGUUCAAGCUGAUGAUUCAAGAGAAGGAGGAAGAGUUUAGGAAACGCGUGAAGGCUGCUGCUGCAUUUGUCUUUGGAAAUGCUGACCGCCAAGCCCUUCUCCUCUCAGACGAUGUCCUGGAUCAAUUCUCUUUAUCAGCGAUUCCAAGAGCGCAACGAAAACCUAAUUCACACUUGUCGCUCCUCGCAGUCGUUGACUGCUGGCACGCGCUGGAACCCUCUCCCUAUGACCACCUAAUCUGCCAAACUCCACCUUUCCGUAUGCUUCUGGGCCUUACGGAAUACCUCUUCCUCGAGCCUGGGUCCUUAGACGAUGCCAUCAAUGCAGCGCUGUACAAUCGCGAGAUUCGUUCAGACGAUUGCGAAUUUUACACCGCUACUCGGGGCUGGGUUGAAUGUAUAGAACUGGGGAGCAUGGAGGGGUAUGAGAAGCGAUUUACAGAAACUGCGGCCUUUUUCGAGGAUAGACUUGUUCAAGGUGCAAAGGCAUCGGCGAAACUUAUCGAGACAUUAGCUGGUACUCGGGGUUCAACCUGA